GCUGUUGUGUCUGUGCAACGAGCUGCGUGCGGGUGCUUGGUGUGUGCCAGUUCUUUGAAAGGUGUAGUUAGUUUUAAUACUGGAGGAAACGGGGAGGACCAAACCCAUAUGCGAUUGCAACACGGGAUACACCUUUAAAGCUAGAGCUACAUGCUAUCGGAUCUUUAGCCAGCGCGUGUGAGGCCGCUCGCUCCAUCGUACAGCUGGCUAGCUAACAUUAGCUAGCUAGCGGGUGCGUGCAGAUGCGAUUCCAGAGGAGGAAAAAGGGGGCAUGAAUACGCAAGAGGGAGGAUGGCUUCGCGUCUUCCUGGGGGAUGCAUUUAAAACAGCGACACGGCGUAAUCGUUAGCGCUUUAACUUUCCUCGAUGUCCGUUCUGCUUUUGAAUGUGAAGACUUCACUGCCUUAGUGUGCUCAUACAGAUGGGUGUUGGAAGAUUGACCGGCCCGCUGUCUUUCCCGCAGAGUUCGGCUGUGGGAGGCUGCAGUUAGCUCCCUGGCUAGCGAAAACCGAGAGACUGGAGUUCGCUGGGCCCUCGGUUUCAUAAUACCAAUUUCAGGAGCCUCUGUCGUUUCCCCGGGGAAAGAUCGGAGGCGAAACCACCAAUGACAGAUGUGACUUAAGAAGGAAAAUCACUCCUUUUUGCAUUGUCCCUCUCUUUGUUCAUGGAUGGCAAAUUUUGAUUUUCUGAAAUCAAAGCGAAAGCCGUAGCGAUACAAUAAUGGAAGGUUGAACCUAUACCAUUCUCCAUUUGCUAGAUGGGGCAAGAUAGACUGAUAAACCCUAACGUUAGCUAGCUUCGUCCCCAAAACCAUAGUGCUAGCAGUUAUCUGAAGUCAAGAAAAGGGUCCGGCGCUUCGCACCUGUAUAUACAUCUUUGUCUCCAGUUCGCCCAGUUUAAAGCCCCAAAGGUUUACUGAAAUAUGGAUAAACUAACCAUAAUCUCAGGGUGUCUCUUCCUCGCAGCCGAUAUUUUUGCUAUCGCCAGUAUUGCGAACCCAGAUUGGAUCAACACUGGGGAAUCAGCAGGAGCCCUGACGGUGGGGCUGGUGAGGCAGUGCCAGACCAUCCACGGCCGCGACCGGACCUGCGUGCCACCCCGGCUGCCCCCUGAGUGGGUCAUCACCCUGCUCUUCAUCGUCACCGGCAUCAUCUCCCUCACCGUCACCUGCGGCCUGCUUGUGGCGUCGCAUUGGCGCCGGGAGGCUACCAAGUAUGCCCGCUGGAUCGCCUUCACUGGGAUGAUCCUGUUCUGCAUGGCUGCCCUGAUAUUUCCAAUUGGGUUCUACAUAAACGAAGUGGGGGGACAGCCGUACAAGCUGCCCAACAACACGGUGGUGGGGUCCUCCUACGUGCUCUUCGUUCUCUCCAUCUUCUUCACAAUAGUCGGACUCCUCUUUGCUGGGAAGGUCUGCCUGCCGGGCUGAAGGCUCCCCUCAGGCUGUGUCUGUUUGGCCUUGGAAAAAACCCGAAACAAAACAAAAUACCAGCAGAGAGGUGCUUCUGCGCUGAUGAGCACUUGGAACAAAGAUCGAAACAAAAGACAAAUGUACGAACCAAAAGGGGGGGUCUUGCGAUGAGCUCUUGCUUCCUGUGCCUCUUUGAUACGCUGCGUCGGUCCGUGCCAUGGUGGCCGGCCUGGAGGAUGGCACCAGGGAACAGCUCAGCGCUGAAAGGGAAGGCCAGCCAUGUUGUCGCCAUGGUAGCUGCUCCUGCACUGUGACAUCAUGCCUUUCAGAGGAACUGCGUUUCACUCACAAGAAAAAAAAUACCCUUCUGUAAUUCUUAAACUAUUCCUUUUACUGUUUUGGGUAUUAUAAUUUUUUUUUUUUUUUUGUACCCCCCCCAAAAGUAUUUCUGAAAUCUGCUCAUUGGGUCCACUGAAAAGUAAAACCUCUGCUGCCCCCCAGUGGCAGGGAGGAGCUUGCUCAGGAAGGAGGCGAUGCAGCACAAAGUGUGUUCUAACAGGGAGCAGGGGGAGGGUUAAAGAGAGACGGGACCGCUAAGAAUGUCAGAGCGUGCCAUAUCAGGGGUGAGCGGUGAUCAUUGUCCCACCCCCUCAGAGUUAAGGAGAGGGCCCAGGAGGAUGGGUACCCCCCACCCCCCCCCCCCACAGUUUGUCUCCUGUCCCUCUUUGCCCUCUGAAGCUAGGAUGGACUUGGGUGUGAACAGUAUUCAGCAAUCAGAAGGCUGGAAAUUUAGAAAUUGGGUCUUGAUCUGUAAGUGAUCAAUAAGGUUAAGAGUUCUCUUUUUUAAUUAUUAUCAUUUUGAUCCGAGAAAAGCGCCGGGGCUGCAGGUCCGGUUCCGGGUAGUGCCGGGUCUGGUCAUACUGAAGCAAUGAUGGCUGUGAAAAGUGUUCCGCGCGGAGAAGCUUCCCGGAUCUGGUGACAAAAACCAAAUGGAACUUGGAUCUCCCUUCGCACAUGACACACGUCUCAUGGUUCUCAUGUUUUUUUGUUUUUUUUUUCCUUGAUCAGCUGAAAGACCUCUUUUAUUUCUCUCGAUACUUUAUUGGAUAUGAAAUACAUUUCUUUGGUUCAUUGUUGUGAUGCCAUGAUAUGUUUUUUAUUGUAUAAAUGUAAAUUUAUGAAUUUAUGUUGGAUUAUGAAAGGAAGCACUGUGUGUUUACUAUGAAGGCCAACAGCAGAUGAAGCACCACAAUUAUACAUAAAAAUUGAAAACUCUUUACCUCAUUGUUUUUCCA